AUCACAAUACACCAUUUAGUAUCCUAAGCAUGAUUGGAGAAUGCCGACUAAUUUGAAGUACAAAUUAGCAGACAGAAAUAAUUGUUUGAAAAUGGCGACCACAACAACAGAGCGUGCAAAUGAAAUUUUAGAUGAUGGCACACUUGCCGAGGAAGAACUCAUUGAUGAAUUGGAAAAAGAGGAAAUACCAGCACAUAUUCGUGAAGCGAGACUGGAAGCUUUAAAGAAACAAUCAGAAGACCUUCGACUCAUGAAAGAAAAGCAACAUGGCCUAUACACAGAGAUUCCAGUAGAAAAGGGAUUUCUAGAUUUAACGACACAAGAAGACAGAUGUGUUAUACACUUUUUUCAUGAAGAUUUUAGGAGAUGUGCAAUUAUGGAUACGCACUUGGAGGCUUUGACAAAAAAAUAUUUUGAAACCAAGUUUGCCAAGAUCAAUGUUGACAAAGCCAAGUACUUUGUGGAGAAGCUCAAGAUUCGUGUUUUACCAGCAGUGCUGUGUUUCAAGAAUGGAGUAGUUGUAGACAGGGUAACUGGUUUUGAAGAACUAGGAAAUACAGACAGCUUUCCUACCUCAGUUUUAGAAAAACGCUUAGGAAAAUCAGGAGUGAUAGAGGUACCAGAGGUUAGAGCAGCCAAUAAAACUGUGUUCGGAUUUAACAAACCAUCAGAAGACUGUAGUAGUGACGAUGAUGACUAUUAAAACAAUUUUAAUGAAA